UGCCGGGCUGGCGAUGGCGCGGGCGGCGGGAGAGCGGGGCCGGGGCCAGGCUGGGUGGUGCGGGCGGCACCCGCGCUGCGGGCGGGGCGUGCUCCUCGCCUUCGCCGCGUGGACCGCGGGCUGGGUGCUGGCGGCAGCGCUGCUGCUCCGCGCGCACCCGAGCGUCCUCUCCGAGCGCUGCACAGACGAGAAGAGCCGGCGCAUCCUGGCCGCGCUGUGCAGGGACUACCGGGGCGGUGCGUUGGCUGGGGACCUCUGCGAGGACCUGUGCGUGGCGGGAAAGCUGCUAUUCCGACGCUGUCUGCAUUACAACAGGGGCAAGAAGGUGCUGCAGGCUGACUGGCAGGGCCGGCCCGUGGUCCUCAAGUCCAAGGAGGAGGCCUUCUCCAGCUUCCCACCCCUUGGCCUGUUGGAAGAGGAGGCAGGAGAGGGUGGCCAGGACGUCCCUGAGGCAGAACUCCUCCUGAUGGUGGCUGGGGAGGUCAAGAGCGCCCUGGGCCUGGAGCUGUCCAACAGCAGCCUGGGGCCGUGGUGGCCGGGCAGGCGGGGCCCGCGCUGGCGGGGACAGCUGGCCAGCCUGUGGGCCCUGCUGCAGCAGGAGGAGUAUGUCUACUUCAGCCUGCUUCAGGACCUCAGCCCCCAUGUGCUGCCUGUGCUGGGCUCCUGCGGCCAUUUCUAUGCCGUGGAGUUCCUGGCUGCGGGCAGCCCCCACCACUGGGCUCUUUUCCCCCUGGACCGGGCCCCGGGUGCCCCUGGGGGUGGCCAGGCCAAGGCCAUCAGCAACAUUGCGCUCAGCUUCUUGGACAUGGUGAACCAUUUUGACAGUGACUUUUCCCACCGCCUCCACCUCUGUGACAUCAAGCCAGAGAACUUUGCCAUCCGGAGUGACUUCACAGUGGUGGCUAUUGACGUGGACAUGGCCUUUUUUGAACCUAAAAUGAGGGAAAUCCUUGAACAGAAUUGCACAGGAGAUGAAGACUGCAAUUUCUUUGACUGUUUUUCAAGAUGUGAUUUGCGAGUCAACAAGUGCGGAGCACAGCGCGUCAACAACAACCUACAGGUCAUCUGUGACAAAAUAUUUCGCCAUUGGUUUUCAGCACCUCUCAAGAGCUCUGCAGUCUCUUUCCAGCUUCAGCUGCAGUUACAGGAGGCGGUGCAGGAAUGUGCAGACCCUGUGGUCCCCAGCGGGAACACCCAGAGAGCAGCCCCCAGCAUGUUCUGGAAGCUUCGCAGACUCCUCCAAGCCACACUGAGGGAGCUGCAGGAGGCAGAGGAGUAGCCACUUACUGGCCUUAAACAAGCUCACACGGGAAAAAAGAGACCUUGAUGGAUUUCCUCUGCCAUGGUUUUAAAGAUGAGCCAUUUCCCUGUGCAAACCAGUGAUCUCUGGGGUGCUGUUCUGGCCUCCACAGUGUGGAGUGCCAAGUGCUGCUGCCAGAGACGUGCCUCCCUCGCUCUGGUCCUGCCCUGGCCUCUGACCCGCUGCCUGGUGUAAAAUGUGUUGAGGGAGGGGUGGGGUACAGAGCAUUUUACUUCAGGGCUCUCUGUCAGAGGCGCAAACCUGUGUGCAAUUGCUCAGUGCAGAGGGCACUUGCGCCUGUCAUCCCAGCAGAGUUCCAGCUGCUCCUUCCUAUAAAUCGUUACCACAUUAAAGUGUGUGUGCAUGCAAAUGAACGUGUAUGCCUGUGCCUGGGUGCAAACGAGCAUGUGAACAUGUGUGAGUGUGCACACAUGUGCCCGAGUGUCUGCAUGUGUGUGCGUACAGGUGAGUGUGCUCAUGAGGCAUAUGUGCGCCUGUGUGAAUGUGUAUACAAGUGUGAAUGGGUGUGUGCACAUGAGUGCACAGGUGUCAGCAUGUGUAUAAGUGUGGGCACAUGUACAUGACUGAGUGGGAGCAGGUGAGUGUGUUGGGGAUGUGCGUUAGGGUGGGAGUGGUGCUUUCUCUAGUGUGUCCUCUGGAACAACUUGUCUACCUAGCAAAGAAGUGUGACCUUUCUUUUGGAAUACAAUAAAAAAAAUACAUUUUUAGGGAAU